AUGAGUGACGAGUCUGAAGUGGAAGGGGGUUCGACGUCGGAAAUUGGGGCCGGUGUCGCCACUUCAGUCGAAGAAGGCUCGUCUCUACCUAGUCCAAUGGCAGAGCGAGCGAAAUCAAGAAUCGAUUUUCGUGGUCGACCGCGUGGACGUGGCGCAGCCUAUGUCCAACACUUUAAUCAGCAAAACGUUAAUCUUAUCCUCGUUGAUUGGAAGAAAGGAGCACGCUUAGUCGUGGACAGUCAGGGGUUCAAAUUUUAUGGGAACGCUGCCGAAAAUACGAACGUUGUUGCUAACCAAGUUGUAAAAUUUAUCACUUGGAUGAUUAAUAACGGAAAGGCUAAGUUGGAAGAUAUGCACUUCAUUGGACACAGUUUGGGAGCACAGACAUGUGGCAUUGCGUCAGAUCGGUUUUCUAAGGCUAAUCCUGGAGGAGGAAAAUUUACAAAAAUUACAGCCCUCGACCCCGCACUUCCAUGUUUUGGCGAUAUAUUUUCAAACAUUUGCAAUAUCUUGGUUGGAGCGAAAAAUGAGGAUCGUUUAUCUCCCGAUGAUGCCGACGUUGUUCAUGUGAUCCAUUCUAAUCCAUCCGGCUUCGGAGUGUAUGAUCCCGUUGGAACGGCAGACUUUUAUUUAAACGGUGUUGCCCCAGUCCAACCAGGUUGUCUAAAUCUAGGCACAUGCAGCCAUUCAAGAGCUCAUCAAGUUCUGACGGUGUCGAUUGAUAAAUCCAUGUAUUUCAAGGCUUGCACCUGCGCUAAUAUGUGGAACCUAGCUAUGGAAACGUGUGAAUGCCAGAACCACAUUGGAAUGGGGGAGUACACGUCGAGAUAG